GAAAUUUGCUUUUACCACGCGGACUAAAUCCUCCGAUCUCUCCGCGCUUUUUAUUCCUUCAUUUAUUGGUUUUUUUCUCAGCUCUGGCCAGCGAAAUAGAAACCAGAAGUCCGAAUUUUGAGAAAUUUUAUUCAGUUUUAUCCGCUGUCGAUCGAUUACAUCGAUUUCUAUCCUUUCUUUCGUCGCAUCUCGAGGUAUCGGCGGAACGGGCAAUUCCCUUUCAGCAAAAGAAAAAAAUGAAGUUUUUUUGUGAUUAGUUUGUCAUCUUCCACAAAUUGAUCGAAUUUUAAGGAGGAGAGGGGGUUCAGGCUGGCUGGAAUCUGUGUUUUCUGCGACCAGAACAUCCUCUCUCAUUUGAAGUUUUGCAUUUAAUUCUAAUUACUGUACAAAAAGAGAGGAAACAAAAGAUAUUCAUAGCCAGGUAAUAGAGUCGGAAUUGGAGAAUUGCUGCUGGAGAGAUUGAUUGGAACAGGGAAGGGAGUUCAGGGUUAUGGGAUCUGUUUGUUCCUGCUUGCACAUCGAAGAUUUCGAAGGAUACACACAUGCCAAUGCUUCAGUUUAUAGACAAUGCAUCUGUCUCAGAUGCUUGGCUCAGCAAUUGAUACAUGCCUACACUGCUUUAUUUCAAAGCGGGGAAGUGCGUGCUAUCCCUUCAUCUGUGCAGGGGACUGCUCCUAUAGCUUCUGCCGCACUAGUCACAGAUGAUUCUAUACCAGAUACCUAUCGCACUCCUCCAAGGCCUUUACCUUAUGAUGAUCCUAGGUGCUCACGGCUGCAACAUGAUGGACUUAUCUCAAGGCGUGAUAAGUCCUCAAGCCAUUGCCAUGAGGAAACUGAACCACUAAGGAGAAAUAGUAAUGAUGCUGACAUAGAAUCAAGGAGCAGACUAGACAAGUGGCAUGGAUCUAACUGUGAAGGGGGUUCCAAGUUGUGCCGUUCUGAGUCCUCACUGAAGCAUCCCUUGACAGAAGACACAAAGGGAGCCACUUAUUUUUUCCCUUCAUCUGAAGAUGAAGAUGUGUGUCCAACAUGUCUUGAAGAAUAUACUUCAGAAAAUCCAAGGAUUGUACUGCAGUGCACUCAUCAUUACCACCUUAGUUGUGUAUAUGAGUGGUUGGAGAGAAGUGAUGCCUGUCCAGUCUGUGGCAAGAUGAUGGUGUUUAAUGAAACAACAUGAUAUCAAGGUCAAGUUCAAUUGACAUGGAGGAUAAACUUGUAUCUGUGUCUGUAAAUAUACAGGUGAAUUCUGUCGUACUCCAAAGGUUGUGUGUGUCUCUAUUGCAAGUCUGCUCUUCAUUCACAGGGCAUGUUGAAGUCCCCAUUUGUUCUCUGAUUUGGGAUGCGGUUUUCCUGCCACCCAGUAUAUUCAUAUGCACAUAGAAGCAUGUGCAGCAUAUACAGUGUACAGAAAAAAGUUUCUAAAAGAUGUUCUUCCAUUAGGAAGAUUUCUUCCAAACAGUUUGUGCUUCAUAUUCUUCACAACUUGGAAAGCCAUGGAAACGAGGAACCUGGUCAUGUUCGCAGGAAACCUGAUUCUCUGAACUUGCCUUCAGAGUAGUCUAUAGUCUACAACACUUUUGGGAUUGUUAUUGGGGUCCUACGGGUUACUUAGCUCUCACUGGCACUAGUAUGAAGCACUCAUCCCAUGUCGCAUUUCCAUAUUUAUUACUAGAAUUUGAGAAAAGCAAUGCAGAUAAUCCAAUGAGGAGACCGUUGGUGGUGGCUGUGAAAGCUAGGGGUGGAGAUCUGUAGAUUCCUACGUCUUGUAGUUUGUGUUAUAUGUAGAGAUUAUCCUCUAAAUUUCUCUAGCAUUUGGAUUUCGGCAUGCGAUUGUGAAUUUGAUCUGUUAUUCUCCGUGAUGCUUCUGAAAUCACUACCUCCAUGAAAGAUGAUAUCAUUAAAUGUUUAACAUGAGCAUACUGAGUAUACUUUAAAUAGGUUCCAUACUGUGAACAAUAGGUAUAUUUCUGAAAAAUCUUAUUACUUAAUGUAACUUUGACUUGGGCACCA